AUGCGCAAACAACGCCUACGGAUAACCAUGCCUGCUUACCAUUCAUCGCUAAAUGAAGAGCCUGAUGUCAGGCAGGUCGGUAAUAUGUCCAUACUGCCAAUUCGGACUCGCAUUCGCGGCCCAGCGCCUAUAGCUGAUCCCUCCCAACCAGAUAUUAUCGACGAAACUCUGGAUCUUUUUCGCGCCAAUUCUCUGUUCAGAAACUUUGAGAUAAAAGGGCCUGCGGAUCGUACCCUGAUUGUUUUGAUUCUCUUUAUUUCUGAUUGCCUCGCUAAGCUUGGUACCGCACGCACCGUCCCCACCCAGAUCGAAGCCAACAAGUUACUGAACACUUUAUCUGUGGAUACAUUUCCAAUUCCAGGAGAUGCAAAUUUCCCUUUAAAUGCACACUACGCCCAACCAUCCAGUCGCGCGGAGGCCGAUUAUCUUCGUCAAUAUCUGACGCAAGUAAGACAAGAACUUGCAGCCAGACUGGUGGAAAAACUGUACGCCGAUGGUACUGGAAAGCCUAGCAAAUGGUGGAUGUCAUUCCAGAAGAGGAGGUUCAUGAACAGGAGUUUGGGUUCAUAG